UACUUCACUGGAGCUGUUGACAGAAGGAUGAAUUUCAGACUAGAUUUUGAUUCAACAAUCAGCUCUGCGAAAAAUGUAGAUGCAGGGUGUUCGUUUGACCCGAAACCAACAGAAAACAAAAAGAGGAAGAAGAAAAAUAAAGGAAAGAAUAAGCAAGAAGAAGACAAGGAAUUCAAAGAAGUAAAAUAUGAGGAAGAAGCAAAAAAAGAAUCAGUAAUGGAGAAAAAGACAGAGAAAGAGGCAAAAGAAAUAGAAGAUGGAGCAACAACUGAUGAUAUGUCGCUACCUGCAGCUAAAAAACCACAUCUCUCCCAGCCUGAAAAGUCAGAAACUCCUAAAGCUGAAUUCUCAGGAAAGAAGGAAGUGGAACAAGAACCAACCAGAAAUGAAAACCAUGAACUUGCAAAAGAGGAAGUGAAAUCGAAGAAUUGGUCCGAACCACAGGAAGUUACCACUGUUGAAGAUUCUAAAUCAUUAGUGAAUCGUUUAUGUGAGAACCCACCAGACCACAUAUCCGUCUGCUGCGUUGGAGAAAACCUUGGUACUGAAAGCAGUAAGAUAAGAAUGAUUGUGAUUUCUUGUCAUCCUGAAUCUUAUGUAUACCAUCUAAAGGACGAGACCAGAGGUUUGGUAAAAGAUGGACUUUUGGAAAAGUUGCUUCUUGACAAGACAAUAACUAAGGUUUAUCAUGACAUAGGUCCUGUCUCAGCUAGUCUGAUACAUGAAUAUGAUAUUCUUAUGGAUGGUAUACCAAUAUGGGACAUCUCGAUUUUGUUUGGAAAGAUAUGUCUCUCACAAAUGGACACAGAUGAAUUGGGUGUCAGUAAUAAAGGACCGUUUAAGAAGUGGACAAAACAGAAUGAAGAUUAUGGCAAGGCAGUGUCCAGCAGUUAUGAUCCUGAUAUUGUGGGCAUGCUGUAUGAGAGAGGAAAAUUAAUUUCAGAUUUAUACAGAGCUUGUAUAAAAAAAACUGACGAGAUUGUCUGGAAAACGGUAAAGAAGGAAGUUUUUCAAGCUGCAAUUCCGUCCAAUGAAACCUUCUUAGCAGAAAAAGUAAAACAACUUAAACUUGAGAAGAAGGAAAAGAAGCAGGCUGAAAAACCGCAAGCUGCUGCUCCCCAGCAGUCUCAACAGCAACAGAAACAACAGGGAAAAUCUAGCAAAGGGAAACAGGGAAAAGGACGGAAAAAGUAGGGUUGUAGCAGUGAGAAAAAAACAUUGUGUUAAAGUUAUGUUAAUGUAUAUUAUAGUUUUUAUAAUGAUAACAACUGUACAGACAUUUGAAAUUUGAUUUCACAUACAGUUUGGAUAUUUAUGUCUGUUUUAGGAAUGCUUUAAGCAUUUUUCUUUUCAUCCUUUUUAUAAACAAGUUGUUUUGAUUGCAUCACAAGUUUGAUUAUUGUAAACAAUAGUUAUUGGUAUUAUUUUAUACUUUUUAAAAGCUGGUUUUAACUGAAGACUUUCUUAAGAUUUUAAAUCAUAUUAUAUUCUGUGAUAUUGGAAAGAUUUUACCCUGAAUAUCAAGAUGUUGUUGUUUUAUUGUUGUUGUAGUUUAAGGCAUAUAUUAAGGCUUUUUACAAGAAACUUUAAAGCAGCACACCUCCAGAUUUGUGUUAAUAGUUAGGUGAAUUUAAAAAUUGCUGUUCAAGAGUAAAAUAAUGUGGUCAGGUGUACACAUUUAAUGAUAUAACUAGUGAAUGAAUAUCUGCAUUUAACAGAAUUUUUUUUCUUCUUAUGUUUGAUUUUUUGAAUGAUGAAUCAUUUAUUGCACUGAUCUGGAGGCAGGCUGAGAUAUUUUUAAAGUAUUUUCUGUUAAUGAUGAUUUAAGUCAUGAAUACAAAAUGUUAAUGUUGGUGUAUGAUUUUUAUCCAUUUGAACCAUUCGAGGUUUUGUUAUGUUUAAUAACUUAUAAGAUAUUACUUUAUCUUCUCGUUCUAUAUUUUACUAACUAUAAGUUUGUAAAAUUGUAAAGUUUUUAAAGUUUGUUUAUCUGCUUUUAAUACUUCUUUUAACACAUCAAUUUAAACUUAUUCAGAUUUUUAAUAUAAUGUUAGGCUUUCACUUUAUUGCACACCUUCCCGUCUUUAAAUAAUAAAGGUAUUCUGAGUUACAUGUGUAGUGGUCUAUAUAGCAAACACUGGAUUAUUGAAUGUUAUCAUUGUGCUUAUAACAAUUCUCCCUGGUUAUUCUUCCAUGAAAUUAUGUUAUUGUAACAUCAUAAUGUGUACCGUUUUAAUUUAGGUUGUCAUUUGAUAGUCAAUGUUUGAUUUUUGCUAGUUUUAAGAUUAAGUUUGAAGUACCACUUUUUUCUUAAUUACAAAUUUAAGGUUGCGAAGGUCCAUUACUCUAGCUUUUGUAAGAGUUAUCUCCCUUUGCUGCUAUUAAAAUACAAAUGCAGUUCUAGAAAUGUAAAGUUACAGUUGAAUAAUAAGAAAACAGUCUAAACUGCACUAAUGGCCUCUGGGAAUAAAUAACUUUUUUAACUCAACAACAGUUUGAGAAUCUUAAUAUGUUCUUUUCUAGUAACAAAAAAACCCACCUUAUGUCUGCGACCAUUAUUGCUAAAACUAAUUUUUUGCUUUUCCCAAUUCAUCAAGGUAAGAAUUAAAAAAGUUAUGUUUUUGUGUGUAAUUAAGAACUUCAGUGGAACUCCUUUACAAAGAAAUUAAUUGUUAUCUAUCUCUGGCUUGACUGUUAAACGAAUCGGAAGAGUUACACGUAUCUAGAAACUUGGGUAUUAUACCUUCGUUCAGUCUAUUUUUAUUACCAAUUAUUCUGUUUUUUGUGUGUUUUUUCUUCUAACAUAUUGAUGUAUUUGCUUUGAAACUUAGAUAGAAUACUUGUUUAUAUGACCUUUAACCCCCUAUUGCAUGCAAGAGAAUGUAUUGUUAUCUUUGAUUUGGACAGGAAUUUGCUUUCAAAGACUUGGUCUUUAAUCCAUUAUCAAGCUUUUGAAAUAUUUGUGCACUGCUUUUGUUCGUAAAUAUUGGUGCCUUUUUGAAAGUGAUUAUUGUUUUUACUAAUUCAUUAUAUAACAUAAUUUAACUGGGAUUUAAAAAUACAAGUAGUAGCCUGCAUUAGUCACUGGGGUGUCGGGAUGGUGGCAGUGCUUUGAUACACUGGUGCAAAACAGCAAGGCAUUGUUAUCUUUUUUGUGA